GCUAAACUGAUCGGUGGUUUUCUGCUCAUUGACAGAGAUUUGUUUGGUUUGAGAAAUGAUCAGUUGCUGUAGCUUGAACAACUGUGGAAGCGACGGUCAGGAAUCGCGCGCGUCCAAUGAGCCGUCGUCGUCUGCCUCCGUCGUGGGCGGCGGUGAAGAAAGUUCGGCAGAGAUAAUGCUGUUUGGAGUGAGAGUGAGGGUGGACCCCCUGAGGAAGAGCGUUAGUUUGAAUAACUUGUCGCAAUACGAGCAUCCAGCCGAUGCUACAGCCGAUAAUGAACCACCGGCUAAAGCAGCCGUGGACAACGGCUAUGACUCCGCUAAUGACGCCGUUCAACUCACGUCGACUAGCGGUGGCCGCGGGCGAAAACGAGGAGUAGCCUGGACAGAAGAAGAGCACAAGCUGUUCCUGUGGGGACUGGAGAAAGCUGGAAAGGGAAACUGGAGAGAAAUUUCCAGAAAUUAUGUGAAAACUCGCUCGCCCACGCAAGUGGCAAGUCAUGCUCAGAAACACUUCCUUCGACGGACACAUUCCAACCACCGCCGUCACAGAUCCAGCCUCUUUGAUAUCACCUCUCUGGUGGAGGUGUCUUCCACCAUAACAUCACCAUCGGAAGAAGAUAGAAAAGUGGGCGAGCCUCCCCCAUCUCCUCCUCUUCAAGGCAACCACCACCACCACCCGGUUUCAUCAACGCCAUUGAUUUCUCCGACGGAGACUGCAUAUGUGCAGCCACCUCCUCGUCCCAUUGCGGUGUUUGAUGUUUCGGCAGACUCUCCGGCCACUCCAUUUCUGUCCUUGAACUUGUGCAUGUCAUUGCCUGGCAUGGAAUUUCACCCUUUCAUCAAUGGAGGCGCUACUCUUAAUGCUGCAUAAGAAAGAAACGUCCCUUGCUUUUAACUUCCAUGCAACAAAAACUUGAGUAAAUAUACAUGUCAGAUGGAGACGAGUAUACAGGAGUCCUAAUUUGUUUCUUUACAAAGGCAGAAAGUCUAGGUACUAGAAUGCCUGCUUAUACAAUGUGCACACUAAAAUAUACUGCUUUCCAUUCUUAUUUAAGUUUAAACUUUCCUUUUUUGGAUGUCCCAGACUUCCAGCUAAGUUUACACUUCCUUAUUUGACAAACAAAUCUACACCAAAGCAGUGCAAAACAGUGCCAAAUAGUGUCAAAAAGUGUCGCAACAGUGUACUAUACAAUAAACUUUCUUAAUAUGUGUGAAGUCAAAGUGUCAAGUUAAUUAAGAACCGAAGGGAGUAUUGUUCACUUGUUAUACGCUCUCGUCUAUAAAUAUUGAAAAUGUAUAAAUUUUAAACGUU